AUGGCGCCUGUUUCUCUAAGAGCAAACGCGGCGGUCGCUGGCUCGUGCGGUUCAGUCAUGGCGUCUGGUAGCACAGGGAACCGAGUGUCAUGCGGGAGAGAUUUGAGCUGUGUGCCGGAGAUUGCUGAUACGCUCGCAGCCGUUGCCAAACUCGGGUUUGACUUCCUGUGCAUGCCCCUUUAUCACCCGAGGUUCAGAAGAGAAUAUGAGAUUGAGCCCGCUAAAUCACGUCCUGGUGCGCAGACCCGCUCAGACCUGUUACUGUGUGGAAAAGAUUGGAACACCCUUAUAGUGGGAAAGCUUUCACCAUGGAUAAACGUGGACUCCGAACUGCAGACACAGCGCAGGAACUCAGAGACCGCACUUGUCCAGGAGUUAAACUUCGCCGCAUACCUGGGUCUGCCCGUCUUUAUGCUCCCUCUGAGGGGACCUCAUAAUGCCAACCUCGCUCGUAUGUUACUUAAUCACAUCCACACUGGCCACCACACAUCUAACUUCUGGAUCCGCGUUCCCCUCAUGGGCUCAGAGGAUUCGCGAGAGGAUCUUGUUGAGAAUGAAGAAGUCUCUUGUGCUGAUGACUUGAGCAUUGAAGAGAAGACAUGGGGCUGGUGGCACUCCUUUAGAACUCUUUGUGAUUACAACAAGAGGAUUACUUUAGCUAUUGAAGUUGGUGCAGAUAUGCCUUCAGACGCUGUGAUUGAUAAGUGGCUUGGAGAACCUAUCAAGGCAGCAAUACUUCCCACCAGCAUUUUCCAAACUAAUAAGAAGGGAUUUCCAGUAUUAUCUAAAGCUCACCAGAGAAUCAUUUUCCGCCUUUUUAAGUUGGAGGCCCAGUUUGUGUUCACUGGUAUCAGCCGUCACACAGAAAAGGACUUCAGAUCGUACCAGCAGUAUCUAGAAUAUUUAAACCAGAACCGGCCGUCACCCAAUGCCUAUGAGAUGUUUGCCAAGGGUUAUGAAGAUUACCUGCAGUCUCCUCUUCAACCACUUAUGGACAACCUGGAGUCUCAAACGUAUGAAGUCUUCGAGAAGGACCCUAUUAAAUACUCGCAGUACCAACAGGCAGUGUACAAAUGUCUGCUCGACAGAGUUCCAGAUGAACAAAAAGCCACCAAUGUUCAGGUGUUAAUGGUAUUGGGUGCUGGGAGAGGCCCCCUGGUCAAUGCUUCCCUGCGUGCUGCUAAACAAGCAUCCCGGAAACUGAAGGUGUAUGCUGUGGAGAAAAAUCCCAAUGCUGUUGUCACGUUGGAGAACUGGCGCUUUGAGGAGUGGGGGGACCAGGUGACAGUUGUGUCAUGUGACAUGCGUGAAUGGACUGCACCAGAAAAAGCAGACAUCAUCGUCAGUGAGUUACUCGGUUCAUUUGGCGACAAUGAACUCUCUCCUGAGUGUUUGGAUGGUGCUCAGCAUUUCCUCAAAGAUGAUGGAGUUAGCAUUCCCGGUGCCUACACCUCCUUCCUUGCACCAUUGUCUUCAUCAAAGCUUUACAAUGAGGUACGAGGAUGUAGAGAACGUGACAAGCAUCCAGAGUGCCAUUUUGAGACUCCAUACGUUGUGCGACUUCACAACUUUCACCAACUGGCAGAUCCCAAACCUUGCUUCACGUUCGUUCACCCCACAACAAAUAUGGAUAAUAAUCGUUAUCAGUGCCUCAGAUUUCCUGUAAAAUGUAACACUGUGCUGCAUGGGUUUGCUGGCUACUUCGAGACAACUCUGUACAAAGAUGUCACACUUAGUAUAAAACCAGAUACACAUUCACCUGGGAUGUUUUCAUGGUUUCCCAUCUUGUUUCCGCUAAAGCAACCAAUCUCCGUUUCUGCGGGUGAUGAUGUCACUGUGCUUUACACGACUGUGAGGAUGUCUCCAUCAGUGCCCCUGCAGGAGAUGAUUCGGGCCAUACGGUCGGCCAGGACACAGUGUGAGGAGCGAGGGGUCAUCCAGAGGGAGUGUGCAGCUAUCCGGGCGCAGUUUAGACAAGCUGACAAUGAGGGGCGAUCACACAAUCUGGCCAAACUCCUCUAUGUGCACAUGCUGGGUUACCCGGCUCACUUUGGUCAGAUGGAAUGUGUUCGAAUGAUUGCUAGUCCUCGCUACAGUGAGAAGCGUGUGGGAUAUCUGGGAGCUAUGAUGUUACUAGAUGAAAAGCAAGAUGCCAGCCUUCUCAUUACCAACUCUAUUAAAAAUGAUCUUUCCCACAGUAGCCAGUUUGUACAGUCUCUCGCCUUGUGCACUCUGGCCUGUAUGGGCUCAGCUGAGAUGUGUAGAGAUCUUGCUCCUGAGAUUGAAAGAUUACUGAGAUCUUCAAACUCCUACAUAAAGAAAAAGGCUGCACUUUGUGCAGUUCAUAUUGUAAGAAAAGUGAACGAACUUGGAGAACUUUUUGCUCCAGCUGCUCGUUCUCUCCUCUCUGAGAAGAAUCAUGGAGUGUUGCAUGGAGCUGUGGUGCUCAUCACAGAACUGUGUGAACGCAGCUCGGAAACACUGGAGCGAUUCAGAAAGUCUGUGCCAGAACUGGUCCAUAUUAUGAAGGGGCUAGUGCUUUCUGGUUAUUCCCCAGAACAUGAUGUGGCAGGAAUUAGUGACCCAUUUUUACAGGUCCGGAUCUUGAGACUGCUGAGAAUUUUGGGACAUAAUAAUGAAGUAGCCAGUGAUGCAAUGAACGAUUUACUAGCUCAGGUGGCGACCAAUACGGAUAGUACAAAGACCGCCGGAAAUGCGGUUUUAUAUGAGACAGUUCUCACUGUGCUGGAUAUCAAGUCAGAGAGCGGCCUUAGGGUUCUGGCUGUAAAUAUACUUGGACGAUUUCUACUUAACAAUGACAGAAAUAUACGGUAUAUAGCAAUGACAUCUCUUCAAAAGAUUGUUGGGACAGAUCACAUAGCAGUUCAACGUCACAGGGGAACCAUAGUGGACUGCUUAAAAGACCCUGAUGCCUCUGUCAAACGACGUGCACUGGAGCUGUCUUUGGCCUUGGUUUCGGCUUCCAACAUUCGCUCAAUGAUGAAGGAACUUCUUAACUUCCUUUCCACCUGCCCCCUGGAGCUCAGAGCGCAUGCUGCAAGUGGUAUUUUCACAGCAGCUGAAAGAUAUUCACCUUCUCAGCGGUGGCACAUUGACACCAUCCUGCAUGUUCUUACCACGGCAGGAGGCGAUGUAAGAGAUGAAACCGUCCCUAACCUAAUACAGCUCAUUACAACAGCAUCUGAACUGCACUGUUACACUGUCCACAAACUGUACAGGGCUUUGCUUCAGGACAUCUCCCAGCAAUCCCUGGUCCAGGUGGCUUGCUGGUGCAUAGGGGAGUAUGGAGAUCUUUUACUAAAAGGAGACUGUCAAGAAAUUGAGCCAAUGCAGGUAAAUGAAAAUGACAUCUUGGAUGCUCUGGAAACAGUUCUACAGUCCCACAUGUCAUCUCCUGCCACAAGGGGUUUCGCUCUUACUGCCACAAUGAAACUCAGUACACGUAUCACAGAGAACGUAGAUCGAAUCAGAAGUAUUGUCAGUAUCUAUGGAAGCUGUAUAGAUUUAGAGCUCCAGCAGAGAGCUGUUGAAUAUAAUGCUUUGUUCAAGAAAUAUGACCACAUGAGGGCAGCCGUGCUAGAGCGGAUGCCUGUUAUGGAGAAAAACUCAAAUGGUCAAACAAAUGGAGAAUCAACAGGAGAGCUCGUCAAAGAAACUCGGUCUGUAAAAGUCAUUCAAGAUCAAGCACCGACUCAGCCCCCUGCCAGUCAAAUCUGUAACCUUUUGGAUUUGUUGGGAGGCCCUAAUGAAACCGUGAAGCCAAGUCCUCCACCUACCCAAUCCUCUAACACCCCCAAUAGUUCAGGAGGAGACCUACUAGACCUCCUGGGGGGUUUAGACCCUGUUCCACCAACUCCAGUGCCGGCAUUACCAGUGUAUGAGAAGAAUGGUGUAACUUUGACACUAAAUUGUGAAAAACUGUCAGAAACAAGCCUCACUGUUACUCUGACGGCCUCUAACUCCACUGAUUCAAGCUUCACCAAUUUCACUCUUCAGGCAGCAGUUCCCAAGAGUGUACAGUUACUCAUGAAGGCUCCUAGUGGUGACUGUCUUCCUGCUGGUGGCGCAACUAAGGUCACACAAGUGGUGGUACUCAACAAUCCUAAUAUGGUGAACCUAAAGAUGCGGAUACGUGUGUCCUAUAUAAAUGAAGGAGUUACUAUUCAGGAUACAGUUCAAGUUGACUCUUUACCUGAAUGCAGGUAG